GCCGCUUCCCGCCAGGUGCCCAGGGGCCGGCGGCCCGAGGGGUGCGGCGCGCGGGCAGCCCCCCGCCCUCUUGCUCUCCACGCACACAGGUGGACCCGAGCGUCUCCGAGAGCGCGGACACCGGAGAGCCUCCCGGUGUGCCCCGGACCGCGCGCCAAGACCCCGGGCGCCGAGCGGCGAUGAACGCGAGCUUCCUGAACCACAGCGGCCUGGAGGCGGCGGGUGGCUUGGGCGGCGGCGGCGGCGGCGGGGCCGGCGUGGGGAACCGCAGCCACGGGCUGGGCACGUGGCUGGGCUGCUGCCCCGGGGGCGCGCCGCUGUCCGCCAGUGACGGGGUCCCCGCGGGGCUGGCUCCGGAUGAGCGCAGCCUGUGGGUGACGCGCGUGGCGCAGAUUGCCGUGCUCUGCGUGUUGUCGCUUACCGUGGUCUUCGGCGUUUUCUUCCUGGGCUGCAACCUGCUCAUCAAGUCGGAGAGCAUGAUUAACUUUCUGAUGCAGGAGCGCCGGCCUUCCAAGGACGUGGGCGCUGCCAUCCUGGGGCUGUACUGAGCGCCGCCUCGGCCCGCCCUCGGCAGCUUGGCUGGAAGAAGACGGAGAAGGGAGCCCAGGA